CAAGCAAAAUGGCGCGUCCGUGGCCAAAGUAUAUAGAGCUUUUGCCCGACAUGCCGAUUUAGUAUCGCCAUGUCAAAAUCGAGCAUUACCAUUAUUCAUUUCUGAAGAAAUUUUUUGUUUAUACAGUCAGUAAACAUCGAGACGUUUGCAUAGCUGGGAAAAACCUACUGGUUUUUGCUAGGAGUAGGCGUGCUUAGAAUAUUCAUAUCUUGUUGAAGCUCUUCAGUAUCUAGAAGCUUGGUAAAAUAUUUCAAAUUUCAAAUUGGCCACACCUAUACGCUAUACACAUGAGAAAUGGAAAAUCUGUCUUUCUAAUCAUGGUAAAAAAACACGCUAUGUGCUCAAUUACUUAUCAAAAACAUGAGUCAUGGCGUAUGCUUCUCUCACCACACGUGACUUUCUGCUUCAUUUUUUCCUGCUAGAAAUGUUGCUUCAACUUAUUCAAGUUAUUUUACGAUCAGCACGUGCUUUUGACGAAAAUAAAAUAAAGGGUUCAGUAUUGAGUGGGUUGGAUUUGUGUCAAUUUUGAUUUUCGUGCCCUACUCGCCUAAAGUGCCAUAUCUCAAGAGUAAACGUCAUUUUUUUCUACGCCAAUAUCAAUAAAUGACGCGUAAUAAGGCACUUUGUAGUCGUCUGCAAACUGAUUGGAUGCAGCAGACAAUUGAAACUAGGAUUAGCCAAUAAGGAUGCUUGUGCUUGGCGGAGCAUUUGAAGUCGCCAACCGCCAUGUUGGAAUUGUCCUGUUGAAGAUUUGUGUUGAAAAUAAAAGCGUUUUAUUGAUAUCCGACAAUCAUUUGUACCAACGUGGAGAGAUUGUUGUAGAGUCCUACAAUGGCCAGGUCAUAUAGUGAAACCGAAUCAGAUUUUGGUGGUUGUUCGUCAUUAAGCGAGCAGGAAUGCUGUGGUGGAAACAUUCUUGAUAAGCAAAUCAAAAGGAUAAACAAGGGUCGUUGGACAAAGGUGGAGGACGACAAACUGAAGCAACUCGCGGAAGGCGAUGGCUCCGAUGAUUGGGCAAAGAUCGCUAGCCAUUUCAAAGAUAGAAGCGAACAUCAAUGCCAGCAUCGUUGGGAGAAAGUCUUGGAUCCUGAACUUGUAAAAGGUUCAUGGACGAAAGAGGAAGACGAACGCGUCGUUGAAUUGGUAGAGAGGUUUGGUCCAAAACGCUGGUCGACCAUUGCUCAACAUCUACCAGGUAGAAUCGGCAAGCAAUGUCGAGAGAGGUGGCACAAUCAUCUCAAUCCAGACAUAAAGAAGUCCGCGUGGACCGAAGAAGAGGACAGGAUCAUAUACGAUGCUCAUCUGCGCAUGGGCAACAAAUGGGCUGAAAUUGCCAAGAUGGUUCCGGGGCGGACAGAUAAUGCGAUCAAGAAUCACUGGAACUCCACCAUGAAGAAACGAGUUGAGGCUCUUGGUUAUGAGGAGUAUAAGGAGAACAGAUACAGAACUGGCAAUCUUAUCAAUCAUAAAACACAGAAAGAUAAACAAAGAGACGAUUGGUUACAGUGUCAGUUUCAAGGAUGUCAAGUUGAUGCGCAACAGAUUCUUCAAUCUCAAAAUCUUUUGGCGAACGAUAUUUUAAAUGGACAACAAUCCACCCAACAAUUGCUUACUUCUCUGAGUGAUGGUAGAACAGUCAACACGCCAUGUACCAGAGAAAACAAUGCUCUCGCGCCAGCGCAACGCGAUCCAACACAGACGAUGAAUAAUGCCGACAUUUUGUCACCAUUACAAACGAUCCCCGACGAAUUUUACGAUCUCGAUCACCAGCCUUGGACGGGAAUCAGCGGUUUUAGUGGUCAAUACAGUCCCGAUCCUCGAACUUUGAAAGAGAAGUGGGAAUCUGCUGGAAUGUUCGGUUGUCGCAUCGACGGUAAAACAAUCGCUUCCCUUUACAAUACUAACGGUUCUUGCUCGUUGAUACCGAUUACGUCGUCGCUUGCAACAAAUCGCUUUCGAACACCACCGGCUAUUUUGAGGAAAGGAAAGAAACGACGUCGUAGCGAUAGAAACUUUUUAUCCGGGUGUUCGAAUUCUCUCAAUUCGUCGGUAUCGUCGCUCAACUCCACCUUGGAGGUCACACCUCAGAAGACUCCAAUCAAAUCUCUACCAUUCUCUCCUUCGCAGUUCUUCAACAGUCCAAUCGCCAUACGAGAUGGCACGACAUUAUGUAGCUCGACUCCUUCCUCGACGCGACCCACGCUGACAUCGACACCCGUUCAAUCGCAAGAUCGUUUGAACACUCCGAAGGUCGACGUUAGUCACUCGUUGAUGACACCCACAAUACGACGAUCCAUUCUCAACAGUCCACGUACACCAACGCCGUUCAAAGAAGCUCUUGCUAACCUGCAAUCGUCCUCUUUGUCUAUACAGGCCACGAGCAAUCGUCUGGAACAAGACAUUACGGAGAUUAUUGAACGUGACGAGGCCGAAGCUGCCAAGGAAAUCAUUCCUUCGAUUGAAGAUGACAAUUGCUCCCGCGUCAACAUACACCAGGGUUUGGAAAAGUCCUGUCAGCCUGUCUUACCGCAAUCUAUGGCGGAAGCGUUUCUUAGUAACAGCGAAUCAAUCAUGUCGUCAACUCCUACUGAUCUCAUGUCGUCAUCGUCCGGCCACACUGAUAUGGAUUUAGAAAACAACGUGCUGAACGUCUCCUACAUGUCUCCUCUAUCCACCUCGGCGGUCAAACCGCGCGACGUUUUUAGUGUCGGGGAAGAUCUCGUAACGCCGAGCAAAACUCUGGAAUACAGCAGCCAUUUUAACAAUCCUUAUAAUCAAAUGCUGAGCUUGGCUGCAGCCAUCGAAAAUAGUCCUGUGGAGAACAUUUCAACAAAAUUUCCUAACUUCUUGACGUUCGAAACUCCUACUGGAAAUAGAAGCUUUUUUUUCAAGACGUUCCAAGAGGUGAUGUGUGGACAAACGGAAGAUCAGAAAAUUGUUACGGAACAGGCGAGGCAAUUUAUCCAUCGGACAGCUCGCUCGUUAAAAUUUACACCUCAUUUAACGCACGAACCGGAGAUGACCGUGGUUUGAAGGAUAUAUCUUGAGGGUAAACUGAAUGCGAGCAAAAUUGAAAGUUAUUUAAUGACACAAUGCACGAAGGCCGGAUAAUGGAGUCCGACAUCCAUUCCUAGUCGAUAAUUUAAUGUUAUCGAUCAAACCAAAUGCACGAAAGCAGGGUAUUGGAGUCCAAUAUCUGUUUCCGGUCGAUAAUUUAAUGUUAUCGAUUAAACCAAAUGCACGAAAGCAGGGUAUUGGAGUCCAAUAUCUGUUUCCGGUCGAUAAUUUAAUGUUAUCGAUUAAACCAAAUGCACGAAAGCAGGGUAUUGGAGUCCAAUAUCUGUUUCCGGUCGAUAAUUUAAUGUUAUCGAUCAAAGCUUAUGCAUGAAAGCCGAGUAUUGGAGUCCAAUGUCCAUUGCUUGUUGAUAAUUCAAAGUUAUUCAUCAAAGCAAAUACACGAAGGCCAAGUAGUUGACUCCAAUAUUUAUUACAUACCUAUAAUUUAAAGAUGGACGAUAUGAAACACAUCCCGAUUACUCAAUGUUAAUAGCAUGUGCAUUUAUGUUUGAGAUAAACAUUCGUAUAAGAUGGACAUUUUAUUAGGGGAUCUUUUUUUUAUACGGAAUCCUAUGGAUAGUCAAUUGUUCGAGUUUACUAUAUGAAUUUUCUUUAUCUGUUUGAAACUUUUGUAUCUGUAAAAUAACGCCUUGCAUGUUCGUCUA